UGGAACUUGAGGGCGACGACGAGGGACACCUGCGCUAUAUACCUAUUCUCUUGUGUACUUCGUAUUCCAUACAAUUACCCAGUAUUUACAGUGUAGCUUGGGAUACGGAGACGAACCAAGCUUACCAUAAUCUGUGGUUAACCCCCCCCCCUCUCCCCUCUCAAAUCACCAUCUUCCCAUUACUUCCCGCUUCCCCUAAUUCCACACGUCCGGCCCCGCGAUCAUGUCGACAUUACAAGCCGUCAAGUACUCCCGCGGGAGUCUCCAGGUGCUCGACCAACUCCGUCUCCCCCACGAAUUCCACUACGACGACGUGGCGACGAGCGAGGAGGCCUUCGACUGCAUCAAAUCCAUGCGCGUACGGGGCGCACCCGCCAUUGCCAUCGUCGCCAGCCUCGCGCACGCCGUCGAAUUGCACAACGGAAGCUAUCAUCAGACCUCCUCCUCCUCCGUUCUUUCCUACAUCCACUCGCGGCUCGAUUACUUAAAGGAGAGCAGACCGACAGCCGUCGACCUGACCAAUGCCAUAAACCGACUCAAGGCCCGGACGAACGAAGUCGCCGCUGGCGAAGGGGAAAGUCCCGAAGACAUCAUCAAGACAUGCAUCGAGGAAGCCGAGCGCAUCUUGGAGGAGGAUCUGCAGACCAAUUUGUCUAUCGGUGCCUAUGGAGCCGACUGGUUAAAGGACACCGUGCUCGCGUCCCCGGAGAAGAAGGUUUCCGUCCUGACGCACUGCAACACCGGCUCGCUGGCUACAUCCGGCCACGGCACCGCCCUGGGCGUCAUCCGCACCCUGCAGGCCCGGGACCUGCUGCGCCAUGCCUACUGCACCGAGACGCGGCCAUAUAACCAGGGCAGCCGCCUGACGGCGUUCGAGCUGGUCCACGAGGGGAUCCCCGCCACGUUGAUCACGGACUCGAUGGCGGCCGCGCUGUUCGCCCUACAGAAGGAGAAGAUGAACAUCGCGGCCGUCAUCGUGGGCGCGGACCGCGUGGUCAGGAACGGGGACACGGCCAACAAGAUCGGGACCUACCAGUUGGCGGUGCUCGCGAAACACCACGGUGUCAAGUUUGUCGUGGCGGCGCCGACCACGAGCAUCGAUUUGGAGACGGAGACGGGGGAGGGCAUCAAGAUCGAAGAACGGAAGAAGGAGGAGCUGACGCAGAUAUCCGGCGCUGUUGUCCGGGCCGAUGGCAGUGUGGACGCGAGCGAGACGGCCCGGGUGGCGACGGCCGACCAGAGGGUUGGGGUUUGGAAUCCGGCGUUCGACGUGACGCCUCACGAGCUGAUCGAUGCCGUGGUGACGGAGAAGGGGGCGGUGGUUAAGAAUGCAGAGGGCAGGUUUGAUUUCAGUGAGCUGUUGCCGGAAAGGUGGCAGAAGGUUGUUGCGAGGUGACCCUGACCAACUCGAUGAAAAAUAAGAAAGUAAAACAAGAAACCGAAGGGAUGGAUCGGAAAGAAAAAGAAGAAGAAAACAAGAGAGAACCAGAACCGCAAAAUUAGUUAGACAGCGCAUGCAGGAUCAGCUUCUGGAAGCCCUCUACGGCGGUCUCGAGGUCGGCCACGGUGAGGUUCUCGUUGUCGCCAUGUGCCACAAGAAUGCUCCCGGGGCCGUAGAGGUAACGGGUGUGGCUGCCCUUGAGGUUAGGAAUAUCAGUGCCGUAGUUCAUCACAGCCACU